AUAACAAUGCAGUCUUGUGUUCGUAGUGGGCUUUGAAGAUUACCCGCAGCCGUCGCCCCUCGUUCGCACGAGGUCGGCAACCUUCAUCGCCCUGUGGUUCCCAAACUAGUCCAAACUCAAGGAGCUGGUCAUCCAGGGCGAUCACCUGUCUGCAUUCCCUGCUGACACUGACCAUCAGCUUGCCACCAUCCGCGGCGGCCUGGACCGGCUGCCGCAGCUGGUGAAGCUCACACUGCCCAGCUGGGGCCUACUGGGGGCGCUGGGAGGGGUGAAGCAGCGCAGGGACGCAUACGCAUACGACAGCUGCGGCUGCAGCUGGGGGGAGGCGGCUGCUGGCAGCAGCGACAUGGGCGGCAGCAGCGGCUGCUGCAAUGGAGCCGGCGGCGUCAUGUCGUCGGGGGGCUGCAGGGGCUGGAGGCUAGCUGUGGCGAACACGAGCCAGUAACGGACGCAAUGCCGGCGGGCGUGGCCUCGCUCUGCGGCCUCCGUGUUUUCCGGCUCAACGACACUCUAUUUGCCUCUACGGCCAAUCGUUCGACUCGGCCAGCAGCCUGGUGCGCCGGUUUGCCCGCGCGCCGCCCACCGCGCGACCUCCUUGCUGCAAUUACUGGAUGGCAGCACGCACCGAAGUGACGUUCGAGGCGAGCCAGCUGAAGGAGGUCGCGUUCAUAGCGCGCACACCUAAUUCCACCAGCAGCGGCGACGUGUGCGGCGGGGUGAGGGAGGGAGCUGCUGCUGCCGCACUUGCGCGCCAAGCACGCGACGUCGCGCCGGCUGUUCAUACGGAGGUUCGGUUUACGGUUGAGUAAGGGCUUCAGCAUGCAGCCGCGGGGCAAGGACGAGCUGGCGGCAGUUAGGGCGCUGGUGGUUCGCUGCCGGGCGGUGGAGAUCGGGCAGGCAGCAAUCACCGAAAGGACGCGCCUGCCUGCAGCAGUGCUCCCGGCGGCGGAGCUCCUCGACACCCCGCAGACACUGCAGCUGCUGGCAGUUGGCAAUACUGCCUUCGUCAUAACUUCUGACCCGGAGUCCCGCGCGUGCCGCCGCUGUUACGUGCGGCGGUGCCAGGGGCAGCGGGCACUGCACGGCCCCGGCGGAGAGGGCUUUCACACGUGAGCGUGGGAGUUCAGGACACGCACCACAGCCAUGCAUGGCUGCAGGCUGCGCUGCCUUCCCCCCAGGCGGUGAUGGCGUGCGCGGCGCAGCGGCUGCUGUUGCGGCCGCUGCGGGUACCGGCGCCCGUAUGACGGUGAGCCCGCAUGGCCACCUUGCCACAGUUCGGCUGCUGGCGCUGCGCGGUCGUCUGCAGGUAGAUCGCCUGGUGGCACAGGUUCACAUGGACGUGAUUGGUGGCUGGGUCCAGGGGCGGAUGGCGCCGGCAGUGCGACAGAGUGUGACAACGGCCUGGCCCAGGCCCCGGAGCUUGUGGACGGCUGGGUCAAGUGGCUUGCCAAGGCGGCAGCGGAGCCGGCAAAGAGGCGGCACGGCCAGUAUCAGGUGGUGCCCACGGCGCUGGGCGGUCCGGUGCUGCUGCUGCAGGCGGACGGCGAGGCCGGCGCCGCAGCGGCACUGCAGGCCGCGGUGCGGUCCGUGGAGCCAGAGGUGCAGCUGGACGCGGCGUGGGUGGCGGUGGAGCGGUACCCGGGCUGCCCAGACUACUCAGGCUGUUCAACCUGUUGGUGCCCAUCCGGUGGUGCAUUCAGCAGGAGCUGGACGAGGCAUGGGCUCCGCACAGUGGCGGAAGCGUGGGCGCAGGCGCCGCCCGCAUUGGAGCGGCGGGUCCAGCCGCCGCUGGCCAUGCUGCCGCUGUGGUGUCGCCGUACAUCGCUUUUGGAGCAGGCGCAGUGGCAGCAGCAGCUGGGCGGGGUGCUGCCGUUAGAUUUGCCACGGUGGAAGGUUUACUGCAUCUGGGCUUGGAAGGAGGUGCCCAUUGGGCGCCAAAUGGGAACGGCACCGGAAGGCGAGGGCGUGUCACUGCCCCCAGCGCCGCCAGCACAUUGGCAUCCUUCAGGUACCCACAGGGAGUAGAUAUCUAGAAGCACAUGUCCGUCUGCAAACUCCUGGCGGUGGGUCGACACGCGCAAUGACCAAGCAAUAGGGCCUGAGCCAGAGCCUGGGAAGUUUGGGCUUCCUGGCUGCCAGGAAUGAGUUAUGGCGUUACCUUGGUGCUAUGACGCCAGGUCUUCGGUCACAUGGUGCGGGUGUUGUCGGGUGUAAGCCUUGCUGUGUCAUGCUUUGCAUGCAUCACACUGCGGACAGUGCUUUGUAGGGUUUGCAUGUCGGGGAGCGGCAAGAAACGGGCCCAAAUGCAGACCCUCGGGCGAGAAAGGUUGGGCAUUGGGGGGGGUUGGGGGCUGGAGUCUCCAAAUGCCGGCUUUCUGCGUACUGUAGUAAUGACGGGGCGCUGGUCGGGUGGUGGCUGAGCAACUCGCUGCGGACUUUUCCUAUGUACCAAUGUAGGGGGCCAGUUGGCCAUGUAGCAGGAUGUAGCUGGGGCGAAUGGACGUGCAGCACACCGACUGGCGGGGGGCUAGUUGACGUCGGGCCUGCCUGACAGGACGGCCGGUCGCUGAAUAAACGCUGAACAACGGCCUGAACCUGAGGUGUGCACCGCCGCUUUAGGAGCCUAUGAACAACCUGACCCGACCCGAUGCAGGCAAUGGGCCACGGGCAAUGCACAGGAAGUG